AUGGCAACUCCGACAGAUUCCACAAAGCCCUUCGACAUUGUCGCAACAUACAAUGAACUCCUCCGCUCGGAUCCCGAUUUGACGAUGCCAAUUGCGGCCAUCGAAGCUCUCGUUCUUCUCCUCACACACUCCCCCUCCUCCACGAUCUCCGAAACGCUUGACCUGCUGGAGAAAUCCACCGCACAUCUCAAGAAGUCGAUUCCCAACCCGAUUGGACUUUCCGCUGGAACGGAUCUUUUCCAACGGUACCUGAUCACGACGCUCCAGAGACCCGGCCAGCUCGGCCCCGCUGGCGACUUCAACGCCAUUCGCGCGCAUCUGCUGUCGAACGGGCGGCUGUUCAUCCGCCGCGCCAAGGAGAGCCGGGACAAGAUCGCUGCGUUUGGCCGCGGCUUCAUCCGCGACGGAAGCACGGUGCUGACGAACGGUGGCUCCCGAGUCGUCGCCUCACUACUGCAGAAGGCCGCCGAUGAGAAGGGUGGCCCGUCGGCGGUACGUUUCAAAGUGAUCUACGUUCUGUCGCCGGCCAAGGCCACCGACGGCAAUGCCUCGGGCGAGCCGGAGGGUAUGGAGACGGUGCGGGCGCUACGCGCCAAGGGCGUCCCCGUCGCUACGAUCCCGGAGUCGGCGGUCGCUUACGCGCUUGGGAAAGCUGAUGUGGUUAUUGUGGGUGCGGAAGGCGUGGUCGAGAACGGAGGCAUCGUUUCACGGAUGGGGACCUACCAGAUUGGUCUGCUCGCGAAGGCGAUGGGCAAGCCGUUCUAUGUGGUGGCGGAGAGCCACAAGUUUGUCCGGGUGUACCCCCUGGGCCAGUAUGACCUGCCUAUCGAGCAAGAUGUGAUCGAUUACCGCACCGCGGAAGACCUCUCCGAUGACUCCAGCCAACAGUCUCUUGCGCACAGCUCCGAUGUGGUCGACUUUACACCGCCUCACCUGAUAUCAGCUCUGAUUACGGAUAGCGGUGUGCUGACGCCCAGCGCUGUUAGUGAAGAGCUUAUCAAGAUCUGGUUUUAA